AAACCUUUUAGAUGGUGGUUUGCUGAUUUCUCUGAUAUUCUAAUCUGGGCCUCAGAAAGGCUAAGGCAGCUUUAAGUGGAGGGUGGAUUUUUUUUUUUUUUUGGUCUCAGUUUGCCUUGUGUUUUUCACUCUGAAAGAAUGUUGUGGCUGUUCUUUUUCCUAGUGACCGCUAUUCAUGCUGAACUCUGUCAACCAGAUGCAGAAAAUGCCUUUAAAGUGAGACUUAGUAUCAGAACAGCUCUUGGAGAUAAAGCAUAUAUCUGGGAUAAAAAUGAAGAAUAUCUCUUCAGAGCAAUGGUGGCUUUCUCCAUGAGAAAAGUUCCCAACAGAGAAGCAACAGAAAUUUCCCAUGUGCUACUUUGCAAUGUAACUCAGAGGGUGUCAUUCUGGUUUGUGGUUACAGACCCUUUGAAAAAUCAUACUCUUCCUGCUGAUGAAGUACAGUGGGCCAUCAGAAUGAACCGGAACCGGAUCAACAAUGUCUUCUUUUUGAAUGACCAGACUCUGGAAUUCUUAAAAAUUCCUUCCACUCUUGCACCACCCACAGACCCAUCUGUGCCCAUCUGGAUUAUUAUAUUUGGUGUAAUAUUUGGCAUCAUUAUAGUUGCAACUACACUACUGGUUUUGUCAGGGAUCCGGCAACGUAGAAGGAAGAACAAAGAAUCAUCAGAAGUGGAUGACACAGAGGACAAGUUUGAAAACAUGGCCACAAUUGCAAACAGCAUCCUUUGUGAUUCCCUGGACAUGAAAGGAGGGCUUGUUAACGAUGUCUUCAUGACGGAGGAUGAGAGGCUCACCCCUCUUUGAGGGGCUGCUGUUCUGCUUCUCCAAGAAACUUAACACUUAUUUCUGUGCUACUGCUAAGCAUCCCAAAAUACUAAGGGCAGGUUAUAUAUUUUAUUUCACCAUUCUUUUUUGGAAGAAACAUUGAAUGUUCUUGUAAGUGAUAAGUAAUCAAUUAUACCCAUAAAGAGCACUGAAAUUGUAAGGUGUUGACUAUUCAGAAUAUUCAAAUGUAUUUUCUCUUACAACACAAUGUGUAAAUGUAGUCAUGUGGUGCUUGUAGUUAUUGAUUUAAGCAUUUCUAGAAACAAAGCCAGAAAUAUAUAUAAUACACAUAAUAUACAUUAUAUAUAUCACACUUUGAAAAUGUAAAGGAAAUAAUUUUCCCAGUGGAGAAUACCUAUAACAUGGUAUAGCAAUCAUCGAAAAUGGGACCUUUCUGAAUCUUGUUGAUAUUGCUCUCUAUAUGACUAGGUAAGCAAAAGCAAAAGUAAACAGUUUUAAAUGACAUGGACAAAAAUGUGAAUGUUGACUUAUAGGGUGGAAUUUUGUUCUGUUAUCAUGGCAACAGUUUCUUAUAUAUCUUCUGAAUACCAGUCUCUAAUAGGGUAAUUCUAUUCAUUGACUAUUUCUGCAAUUUGUUAAAGUCCAAUUUAUGCUAACUUAAUAAAGCAGUAAUCUCCUCUUUC